GUUACACAACUUAAAAUUGACAAUAAUCCGUUUGCCAAAGGAUUCCGUGAUGCUGGUGCAGGAAAACGUGAAAAGAAACGAUUAAUGAAUAGAACGGAAUGUAGUACUAAUGCUAUCGGUAUUACAAAAUCGGUAAUUUCACUAAAUGAUGAUCCUGUAACAACAUCUGAAUCACCAGCUGUACGAGCAUGUAGCUCGAUGGAUUCAGAUCGUUCAGAUGACGAUGAUUCACCACCACUUCCAAAACGUGCUCGAAGUAGUCAAAGUACUACUGAUGAUUCAUUACAAACUAUGAAUCAUCAUCUAUCCCAAAAUCAUAACCUUCAACAACAUCUUCAAUUCCUCCAGAAUCAUCAUCGAUUACUAUCUAAAGAAGCUGCCAAUUUUCAAUUUUUUCAUCCAUCUGGUAUCGGAAGUGGUGGUGGUGGUGGUGGUGGCGGCGGAGGCGGAGGCGGAGGCGGCGGUCCGCCACCACCACCACCACCACCACCACCUCAUUUUACACCAUUCUUUCAAAAUUACGGGUUUCAUCCCGCUGCCGAAUUUUUCUUUCCCGCUACUCCAUUUCCUCGGGAAUUUUUAAUGCAUCAAGCAGCAGCUGCUGCUGCUGCCGUACAAUUUUCACCCUAUUUACUUCGACCAUCUUUACCCGCUCCAUCGCUUUGUACUUCUCAUACAAUUAAUCCACCAAUUGUUUCUCCCGCUUCUGUUACUGUAUCGCAAUCAUUACCAUCGAUUGCUACUACCGUUAUUCCAUCAACAACUAACGGUACACCAUCAUCAACUCCUAUAACAGGAAAAUCGGCAGUAGCUCCUAAAAAGGGAGGAUUCGAUGUAUCUGAUCUCCUUGCAUAA